UUGAUAUGAUGGCUAAAAAAGUGCACAACUUAAAAAGACAUCAUUCAGAGGUUGAAUCGAGCGACGAUGAUGAACCUACUAUUAGAGCACCAAAAAAAUUUAUCGCUCCAAGGUUGUGUCCGUAUUUAGAUACAAUCAACAGACAAUUCUUAGAUUUUGAUUUUGAAAAACUGUGCUCCGUUUCACUUUCAAGAAUCAAUGUUUAUGCUUGCCUAGUUUGUGGUAAAUAUUUCCAAGGCCGAGGCAAUAAUACACACGCCUAUACACAUAGUGUAGGAGAAAGUCAUCAUGUGUUUUUAAAUCUUCACACUUUGAAGUUUUAUUGUUUGCCUGAUAAUUAUGAAAUAAUUGAUUCAUCUUUAAAUGACAUAAAGUAUGUGUUGAAUCCUACUUUUGAUAAGGAGCAAAUUAAACAGUUAAACAAGAAUACCAAGCUAUCCAGAGCCAUUGAUGGCUCCAUGUAUUCUCCAGGAAUUGUUGGAAUGAAUAAUAUUAAAGCAAAUGACUAUUGCAAUGUAGUUUUGCAGGCAUUAUCACAUGUGACACCACUUCGUGACUUUUUUUUGAGAGAAUCAAAUUAUGCUAAAGUUAAAAGACCACCAGGAGACUCAUCAUAUCUUCUUGUGCAAAGGUUUGGGGAGUUAAUGAGAAAAUUAUGGAAUCCACGUAAUUUUAAAGCACAUGUAAGCCCUCAUGAAAUGUUACAGGCAGUUGUUUUGUGGAGCAAGAAAAAAUUUCAGUUUACGGAGCAAGGUGACCCUGUGGAUUUCCUUUCUUGGUUCUUAAAUGCUCUUCACAUAGCUUUAAAUGGUACUAAAAAGAAAGACUCUAGUAUAAUAUACAAAACCUUUCUGGGUCAUAUGCGAAUUUACACUCACAAAAUUCCACCUCUUGAACUGGAGGAAAGUCAGAGGAAUGAACUUUCAAAUACUAUAGAAUAUGCUGAAACAGUGACCGAAAGUCCAUUUUUAUACUUGACAUGUGAUUUGCCUCCACCUCCUCUGUUUAAAGAUGAAAACUCAAAAAAUAUCAUUCCUCAGGUUAAUUUGUAUACUCUUUUAAGUAAAUUUAACGGGGUGUCUGAAAAAGAGUACAAGACUUACAAGGAGAAUUUCAUGAAAAGAUUCGAAAUCAGAGAAUUACCACCUUAUCUGAUACUUUACAUCAAGAGAUUCACAAAAAAUACAUUUUUUGUUGAAAAAAAUCCAACCAUCGUUAACUUCCCUAUAAAAAAUGUUGAUUUUGGAGACAUAUUGACACCUGAAGUCAAAGCUAAGCAUCCAUUUACGACCUAUGAUCUGGUCGCAAACAUUGUGCACGACGGCGAACCUAGUCACGGAACAUACAGAGUUCACAUUUUGCACAAGGCAUCCGGCCAAUGGUAUGAACUACAGGAUCUGCAUGUGACUCCAAUUUUGCCUCAAAUGAUCACGCUUACGGAAGCGUACAUUCAGAUCUACGAACUGAGAACAGACCUGCCAAACACGGAGUACGGCAGAACCGUACUAACGAACGUGUGAAACUUGAUGUAUGCUCUGUAUUUUUUACAGUUCAAUGAAUUAUAAAUGAACAAUUAUAGAUUCUAUGUCUAGAAUCUUCACUAAUC